CUCUGGAAUGUCCACUGACGGCUGUUGGUUCUCUUCCGUGGCUGGCUUUUUUGAAGGUUUGCGAUUUCGGGCCAUGGAUUCCGAUAAAAUUAUACAACAGUGUGUAAGAUGGAACUUUGGUUAUACUAGGAGUGUGAAUCAAUGGGGCAGUACGAGAUGGGUACAGGAGUUUGCGAGGAUACAUAGAUGAUGAUGCAGCCUCUUCAAGAGACCUGCUUGAAACGACCGGCGUGUCGAUCACGGCAUGAACGGAUCAAUCCUUUCGAUCACGUACGAUCAAGUAACCAAAUUUGUUCAGCGACACAAACGAUAACUUGCCCUGCCAGGGUGCGUUUUUACUGGCCUUUGCUAUUGAUCUUGAGCAAAUCAUUUAUCUUACCGCUUUCCCAAUAACGUUUCGCGAUUACAAUGAAAGACGGAGUAAUGGACAAGGAUCAAGAAGAGCUUCUUCGCAUCCUAGAGACGCAUGGUCAACAAUUCAUCGGCUCAUUCGACACUCGAGUGGUCAAGGGGAAACGGAAGGAGUCUUCGGGCCUUGUGGCGUCGAAACAGAAGAGGCGAAGGCUGGAGGAGCAUUCAAACUCUGAAGAAGAUGAAGAAGAUGCAGAGGAGUGGCACGGAUUCAGCGAUGCUAGUGGGUCACAUUCAGAUAGGGAGGCAGACGAUGAUGGUGGUGCGUCAGAUAAAUUACCUUCUAGUCUAACUCAUAUAUACCAGGACAUAAUAGCUCAAAAUGGUUCGAGAAAUGGCCUACCCAGAAAGCCAGAUUUGGUCGUGUUCUCUGAGCAGGAUAUCUCGUCGAGUACAUCGACAUCUCAGCCGUCAAAAGCUCAAAUGAAAGCUUUCAUGUCAUCGAAGGUUGAAAAGGUGAGGAAAGAAGUAUCAGAUGAUCGUGGCGGGAACAACAGUGAAGAGGAUGAAGAGGGUGACCUAACCAAUCUGCAAAAUGAUGCAUUAUUACAUCGUCUGGUCCAUACCAAGAUCCUAUCAGGGUCCCUGAACAACGACCUCGAUCUCACACCUGCCCAGCGACGAAAAGCACUUGCCGGUCGAGUACUCGAGGCUGCAGGAAAGGUUAAACUUGGGAAAGGAGAAAAGGCUGUACGCUCUUCCGAACGUAAUCGAGCGGCGAAACAUGUUAGAGAUGGAUUGCUAUCAAAACAGAAAGAGCGCAACGAGAAGAUGCUUGAGGAGGCCAAGCAUAUGGGCAAUUAUCACCCAGCACUAAAGAAUGUGUUCGAUGAUUCAUCAUCGAAGGCAGGACCCAAGCGAAGGGAACGAGGAAUGAGAAUGGGGGUCGGCUCAUUCAGUGGUGGUGUGUUGAAGUUGAGCAGGGGUGAGAUAGCUACAGCGACCGGAGCCCAAAGAGGUAGAGGCAGAGGCAGAGGCGGGAGUAGGGGCAGAGGUCGAGGCGGCAGAGGUUCGCAGAGAGGAGGUCGGCGAUGACCAUUUGAACACAUAUUGUUAUUUUUCUGGCUAUGGGAUCAUAUAAUACACACUGGUGACACUAUCGACACC